UUCUGAUAUCCUGGUGCUGAUAUUUGAAUACCUCGAUGAUGUGCCAACUUGGGGUUCACUUGCUCGUACUUGUCGGUUGUUUCAAGAUGUUGUCAUUCCAAUCCUCUGGAAGGACCUCCCGGGUGUCAGACCGCUGUUGCAACUAUUCCAGAUCGGGCGAACGAACCCUCUGAGUAGCACAGUCUUGUCGGCGAACAUCUCUGCCUAUUCUCCCUAUGAUAAAUAUCAAUCCUUUGUCAAGAACAUCAAGAGUCAUUUCGAGGGUCCCUGGGAGAAGCACCUCGCCUCUCCUUCAUUGCGGUACAUGUCUCGAUCGGAUACCAGUGGCUCACUGUCACCCCUUCCAAGUUUAGUGCAACUCGACGUGGAAACAAACGACACAAGGGUGAUGCAGCAGAUACGAAAGGUGAUCUCGCCUUCCUUACGAUCAUUACGGUUUGUCGUGGACAUCCGGCCAACCUAUAUCUCCAUCCAAUAUAGCAAUUUCACCGAGGCAAUCAUACAAUUUCUUCAUGUGACCACUGGACGUGCUUCGAAGCUGACCAACCUGGCUGUCGAAGUACACGGCAUUCGACCGGAACCCCUCAAUGGUUAUCUGCCGUCGCUCGUAGAAGGCCUCCCGCUCUUGUCGGAAUUCAGCUGGCAGAUCCCAAUGACUCUCGAAAACCUGAAUGUCAUGCAGGCAUGGACCCAUCUUCGUACACUUCAUGUGAAUUUGGAGCUGGCUGGUCCAAAUGCCUACAUGCCCGAGACAAUUGCCCUCCCCAAUCUGCAUUCUCUCUCGAUCAGUGGCUGGCCACGAACGUUAGUUUCAGUCUUCGGAAAGCUACAUAUGCCCGUCCUGCGAAAAAUCAACUUCCCGGCGGUUCGACCAGGAGAACGAAUCGAGACUUAUGAACAACUUGUCACUGCCGUUGCACAGUCAUCUCCGCAUUUGGCAUCUUUUGAUAUGUCAGCCCCGACCCAUGUGACUGGCAGCCAGAUCCAGAGCAAAUCAGGCGAUGUUUUCAGAGCCCUGCUGCUCCAGGUACGACAACUACAACAUUUCGGCCUGCGCAACACGCUUCACCCAUUUCC